CAGAUAGACAGACGGACAGACAGCAGCUGUUCGAAAGAUUACCAUAAUAUCCCUAAUAAGGUGUCGAUUUAGUAUGUCAAGGAAAAAGACAAAACCUCUUACACUGUGAUUAACUCUAAUGUUGGAAAAAUUAUCACUAUGGCUAUAUCUACCAAACGAUCGUGGAAACUUCAGGACUUUGUUGCUCAUUCGGCCAAUGUCAAUUGCCUUGCCCUGGGACACAAGUCUGGGAGAGUCUUAGUUACUGGAGGAGAUGAUAAAAAAGUGAAUUUAUGGGCAGUAGGGAAACACAACUGUAUCAUUAGCCUCAGUGGACAUACUACACCAGUUGAAUGUGUGCGGUUUGGUCACACUGAAGAGCUGGUUUGUGCUGGAUCACAGACAGGAGCACUCAAAAUAUGGGAUUUAGAAGCAGUAAAAAUUGUUCGCACCUUAACUGGGCAUAAAUCUGCCAUACGAUGUAUGGAUUUUCAUCCAUACGGGGAUUUUCUUGCCUCAGGUUCUACAGAUGCCAGUAUCAAGCUCUGGGACACAAGGCGGAAAGGUUGUAUUUUCACAUAUGGACACAAGCUUACAGUUAACAGCCUCAAAUUUAGUCCUGAUGGGCAGUGGAUUGCAUCUGGAGGAGAUGAAGGCAUUGUCAGGUUAUGGGAUAUACGUGCUGGCAAGGUCUUAAAAGAGUUUGCAGAGCAUUCUGGAGCCGUAACUUCAGUGGAAUUCCACCCUCAUGAAUUUCUGCUAGCAUCAGGUAGUGUUGGUCGGUCUGUAAAUUUUUGGGAUUUGGAGAACUUUCAAUUAGUAUCCUCGACUGAAAGGGAUGGAGGCUCUGUGAGGUGUCUAUACUUCAGUCAAGGUGGAGAAUGUUUAUUUGCUGCCUCCCCAGAAUGUUUGCGUGUUUGUGGAUGGGAACCAUCCAGAAUUUAUGACUCAUUAGCAGUUGGUUGGGGUAAAGUUGCUGAUAUUGCAACAGCUCAGAAUCAAUUGAUUGGUGCAUCUUUUCACAUGAUGAAUGUUGCACUAUUUGUGGUUGAUCUCAAAAAGGUGCAGCCUUUUGGUGGCCCAGUUAUUAAUCCAAAUGAUUCCAUUAAUUCUUCACCUUUCCGCCACGGGCAAAGUGCUAGGAAAAGCUUUAGCAAGGAAACACAGCUUAACUUGUCAAAACCUCCAAUGAGUGUUCGUACCAUUGAAGAAAAUGACCGAUCUGAAACAGAUCCUGAAGAUGAAACAGUCUCUCACAUACUUGAUGUAAAGGAUUAUGAGGCAAUUUUUUUGCCUAAUAGAUCAUUGAAUCGCAGCCCUCCUCCUAUUCCUUUCCCUGCUCCUGCUGAUGAUGCUUCACAUAGUUCUCCUAGUCAUUCAAACGCAUCAUCAUUAACCAUACAAGAAGGUGUUGGAAUGCCUCAAAUAAUACAACCAUUGUUGCCAAUGAAAGUAUCUCGCAAUUCCCCAGAACCAUCUGAGCAGAUGUUUAGUGGAACUGGAGACUGCGUGGACCCCAAUGACUCACCUGAUUAUUAUCAACCUCAACCUAUUCAUUUAUUACCUGAAGAUGAUUCAUAUGGUGACCAAAUUCCAGAACCUCAACCAAGACAGCGAAGGCCAUCUCAGCUCUCUCCAGUUAGACAGAGGAGUGAAAAGCAUAGUCCUGUUCUUUCUGGCUCUGCCCGUUCAAAGGGUAGCUCUCCUACUCCUGUAGCUUCACACAGAAUGAGUUACAGAGAGGAUACUCACUCUUCAUUUGACAAUGAUUUCCCUGUCAAACUAAGCAGUAUACGCCAUAGUCCUUCAGAACCUGCCCUAAACCGACCGAAUGCUGGACAUUCAAGAUCAAGUUCUUUAAGCCGGAACAGUGUUGUAGCAAAUAGCUCUAGCACUGGUAAUAUUAAACAAAUAGGCUCCUCAAAUGACGUUAAUAGCUCAACUAGUGGCUUUCACAUUAAACAUUCCAUCACCCCAGGGUUUAAUCUUGGCACUGAUGUCUCAGUGUCUUAUCUGGGGAAGAACUCCACCACUACCCCCUCCUCCAAAGGUGCACUUCCUAUGGUAGCACCUCGUACUAAAGUAGCCACAGAAGAAAAUUUACGAAGGCAGGAAAAAACAAGUGUUGAUGUCCUUGAAAGACAGAGGCCACCAGUUGAUGAUGAAAUUGACGAUAUCAUUCCAAUAUCCAUGGAUAAGCCCUCUAACCUCGAUUUAGAGGAUUUUCUGCCUAACCGCCUUCAAAGAUCUGUUAACUUUUAUCAACAGCACCAGUACUUAGAUAUGUCAGAGGCAGAAGUUUUGUCAUCCAUCAUGCGUGGACAUGAAUCUAUGAUGACAGUUAUGAAUGGUCGACACAGAAGUUUACAAAUAAUUUAUUCUCUCUGGCAUAAUAAAGACUUAAAGGUGGCAGUUGAUACUGCUUUGGAAAUGAAUGAUCUUGCUAUUGUUGUUGAUUUACUUGGCAUCUUGACUCUUCGACCGUCUAUAUGGAACUUAGAUCUUUGUGUUUCCUUACUUGACCCUAUUCAUGAACUACUGCAGAGCAAAUAUGAAAUGUACAUGACAGUAGGAUGCAAUACUCUCCGACUCAUUCUAAGGAAUUUUUCUUCUUUGAUCAAAACUAACGUUCAAGCGCCUAUCCACACAGUUGGAGUUGAUAUAUCUCGAGAAGAAAGGUAUAAUAAAUGUAUGAAGUGUUAUGAAAGUUUACAGUCAAUACGCUCUUUUUUGUUAAAAAGACAGACUGUUCAAGGAAAAUUAGGACACACAUUCCGAGAAAUAACUAUACUAAUGCAAUCCUUGGACAACUGAAAAUAAUUUUCUGUCAAUUAAUGACUGCUGGUAAUAUUUCUAUCUCAAAAUAUUAAAACCAAAAUCAUUGGGAAACCUUAGAUAAUAUUUUCAGGUAGCCCAUCUAAAUUGUCAGGUUUGUACUAUUAACAGUUCUAACAAAGUAAUUAAACCAAACCAAAACAUAGGAAAUACUUUGUGAUUAGUUUACAAUGUAUUAGUCCACCUGGUUCUGCGUGUAUUUCUAAAUUGUAGCCCAUGGUGUUCAUUCAACUGUUCUUAUAUAGAUCAAAAUUAAAUUUGUCAUUCACUCUGAAUUGUGAAAUAAGUAUUGUGAUAUAUAAUAUUAGACCCAUUAGGCAGUGAACAUGUACAGAUGUUAAUUAUUGUGGUGUAUGCUGUGUAUAAGUUUGUGUGAGUGAGUGGGUGAGUGAGUGAGAGUAUAAUUUAUUCCAACAUCUUACAAUAUCUAGAAAAGACCUUUUACCAGUUCUUUUCUUUGGGUGGUGAUAUUGUGAGAACAUGUCUAGCUGUGUUAUUGAAUUGGACCUAAAUAUUUUUUUUUAUUCUAUCUAUCUAUCUGUCCGAGUAUAUUUCUGGAAACAAAAUUUCUGCGACUGCUUACUGUUUUUCCUGUAUGUCAGUUCUGAAACAGAAAGUGGCUACCUCAUUCAUGACAAGUUCCUAAUUAUGCAUACUAGGUCUUAAUACCAUACAUCUUUCAACUUAUCAGUUUCUUACAUAAAGCACAAUAUGUGUUGUUAGAAGACCAAAUUUGAUUGAAAAUUAAAAGCGACUAGUUAAAAGCCUGUAAGCUUUUGAACUUUCUAAUGUCUACCUCUUGUUUUUUUCUUAACGGAUCCUGUUUUAUCUGCUCAAUUUUGACCAAUCUAAUAUUCUAAUCGAGAAGAUACAUUGUGAUGUAUUGUGCCUCGUAUGAUUAUCACAAGAUGGGAAGUGUUUUUGCUCAUCUCAUUCAUUAGGUUUGAAAAAGUGAUCAGAGUUGUGCUGUUUAUGUCAACAUUUAUUUCUUAAGAAAAAAUCAAUAGAAUCUUGAUAAAAUAUAGAAGUCAAAUGGUGAGCAACAAGCACAAGCAUGUAGUGGGCACAAGGCUUGUGAUUCUACUUGUAGAGUGCCCAAAGUUACACAUAUGAAAAAAAAAUCAACUUUAUUUUGUACAUCCAUACUCUAUACUUACUUAAGCACUAUUGUUGCAGACACCAGCUGUGCAACAUCAUCUUCUGUUCCUGCACAGUUAUUCAGUGUAGUAUAAUACACCGAGAAAUGAUUGUGAAUUCGUCAUUUAUUUUGUGCGUAGCUAAUUUAAAUACAAGUGGAGUGGUUUUCAUUCUUGUGCUUUGUCUGAGAGGCAAUAAUAUUGAACAACUACUACAUAGGCUUUGUAAGUAAUUGUCUAGAUUUUCAGUCUAUGUUUAGCAAUUGAAAAUCAAAAUAUAACAUUCAACCAUUGUGCCUUAAACAAUAGUAACCAGUUUAUGGUAAUGCUUGGUAAUGCUCCUUCAUGGCUGUACCUUUUCCACAUUAAAAUGCUUUUUAGUUAACUGAUUUAAUUUAAUUUUUUGUUCAACUUUAAAAUUGAUGUUGUCAACAAAUUCUUAUUGUUUUAAUGAAAGUAUUGUUAAAAAUUGAACAAGGCUGUGAAAAGCCAUUUAUAGUGACUUAAAAACUAAGAUGUGCUACAGAUUAAGUUGUAGUAUUUCAUUGACUCUAUCUCUCUUUUCAGCAAUCUAAAUGCUCUAAAGAAGAUGUUUUAUUUUCCUCUGUAGGUGUUAGACCUUUUUGACAAGUUAGUUUUUACUCUUUUAAAGGCAAAUUAAAAAUCAAUUUUAGGUCCAUAGAUCUUGGGAAAAGUGCCCUGAAGGUUGUGAAUUAACCAGCACAUUGCAGGGCUAGUCAUACCAAAAGGAACUCGCUUUACCAUUUAAAGUGGCACUCACGCUAGUUGGAAGUUUUCUGCUCUGGAAUAAACGUAAAGGUGACUCUCAAUGUCUCACAAUCUAAAGUGAUCUGCAACUAUUUUGUACUGAUUUUGUGAACUUAUGUUUAAUUUAAGGAAGCACUAAUUUAUUUAGAUUGUAACAAGUUUUCUUGUAGGUAACCAUCUGUGUUUAAAGAUUGGCCGUGAUGUUCAGCGGAAGGCCUCACAGGGUAAUGUCCUAACUUGUGAUAGUAUGCUAUUUAAACAAUCAGCCUAACAUUUCACAAUUAAUAAAUACAAAUGUGUAAAUACCCAAUAUAAAGGUAAUUACAAAGAUGGCAUUUAACUUCCGUCCAAUUUUUUGGUUGUGGGGGAAACCUUGUAAUCUAUUUCUUUGACUGAUGUUACAUAUUAGUUCCCACCCAUAAGUGUUGUCCUUUGGAGAUCAUUUACUGAUCACAUUCAUGUAACAGUUUCUGUGUUGUAUCAUAUCAGUUACUGCAUGUCUUACUGUUUUGAGAUUCACUCAAUUCUUAUUACCUUGAGUGGUAUCUACUAUUUCUACGAUUGGUGGUUAUUUUUUAAAAUUAAUAUGUACAGUGUCAGGUGAGAGCAAGCUCAUCUAAUUUUUUAUACAUCUAUCAGUUCAAAGUGUUGAACCAUUUCUUGCCAAGCCUGAAACAGUGAAUCGAAUUUUGUAGUGCCAUCUUAAUUAGAGUGUCAAUCAGUAAGACACAUAUUCAUCAAUGAAAGAUAUUCCCCUUCUAUCUGGAAAUGUUGUUAUUUCCAGGAUCCUUUCUAAUCCACCUGCAAUCAAAAUUAUUUUAACAGUUUCAUAGAUAUUUAUUUGAUUACUAGGUUGUUUUCCUGACAGUAUUUAUAUUGUGCUUUGAAUUCCUAAACCAGAAUCAUAUGUUUUGUAACAAGAAUAAAAUCCUUCGAAAGGUGAA